AUGUCGUCCGGUUCAUCUGAACGAACCAUCACCAACUCCACCCCCACUGUUCCGACCACCCCUAACCCCCUCUCUGCAGCUCAUCAUUUCGUUCCAAUGAAGCUCACCUCAAGGAACUAUCUUUUCUGGAGGACUCAGCUUCUCCCAUUCCUCCGUGGCCAAGGCUUGAUGGGGUAUAUUGACGGCAGUUUUCCGUGUCCUCCUGCAACUGUGACCGUCACGUCCGCGUCCGGUGACUCCACGGCCACCGCAACCACCACAUCGGCGAACCCUGCUCAUGCGGCCUGGGUCCAACAGGACCAAGCCAUUCUGUCCAUGCUAAUCUCAUCCUUCUCGGAUGAGGUUAUGCACCAUGCACUCGGCCGGCACACCGCCAGAGACGUGUGGGACUCCGUCACUUCGGCAUUAGCGCCCACCACUCGAUCCCGCUGCCUGAGUUUACUCGGCCAAUUCCAGACGCUACGCCAAGGGAGCAAUUCACCGGCCGAAUACCUGGCCAAGGCACAGACGAUCGUGGAAGCACUUGCACUCGCUGGCCGGCCAUUAUCCGAGGACGAACAGGUUCUGUGGUUCCCCCUUCGGCCUUCUUUGCAGGUCGCGGCAGGCAGAAUGGAGACUCAGGUGGCCGGCAGACUUCCGGUGGUCGAGGCCGGCAGGGUCGUGGCAGAGGCGGCCAAGGGCGCGGUGGUACACCCCGAUGUCAAAUCUGCAGGUCGCAUGGCCAUACGGCCAUUUAUUGUUAUAAGAGGUAUGCAGAUCGUCCAGCACCACGCCGCAGGCCAUGCGAACGUCGUUGUAGCCAAUGAGCCGCAGAUGCAUCCGGUUGCCGAUGCCUGGUAUCCGGACACGGGUGCCUCUUCUCACGCGACUCCGGAUGAUCAGAUGUUGCAUCACUCCGAGGCCUACACCGGCAGGGACGUGCUCACAGUCGGUAAUAGCACAGGUUUGGGUGUUUCCCGUGUGGGUCAUGCAGUUAUCCCAUCCCACUCUAAACGUUUAACAAUGUCUAAUAUUCUCCAUGUCCCAAACUUAACUUUGCCAUUAUUGUCAGUUUAUCGUUUUACUAACGAAAACAACGUAUAUUUCGAGUUUCAUAAAAAUUUCUUUCUUGUGAAGGAUUGCAACACCCAAACGGUUCUUCUUAAAGGAUCCACUUCGGGCGGUUUGUACAAGCUGCUGGUCCCGCAAACUCAUUUUGCGUUUCUGUCCGCCCGGGCGUCGUCACAUGUGUGGCAUCAAAGGUUGGGUCACCCGCAUCACCAAGUUCUCCAACGUGUCCUAAAGAAGUGUCCAGUUGUGCCAAAUAAAACCGCUUUGUCAAAAGCAUCUAUGCAGGUCACUACCAGGCAGCCUACCCCCACACCCUGGGGUUCCAGUCCUGUGCUUGUUAAUACUCAAGCCCCACCACCGGCAAUGGAGUUACCUUUGGCAUAG